ACGAAUAAAUAAAUAAAAGUUCUUGUGAAUGCUGAAAAAGCAAGUGUGACAAAUGUUUUGGGACGAGUGAGUAAUAAUAAUAAUUACUCCCUCCAUCCCGGAAAACAUGAGAGUUUUGAUUUUGAAGGAGGAUUUAAGGGGAGUGUAUUUUGGUAUUGAAUUUCCAAAAAUGUCCUUUGAUGUGAUGGGUAAAAUUAUGAUUUGAUGGAUAGAUUAUUAGUAAAAAGGUAUGAUGUGAUAGUUAGUGUAUGAAAAAGUAAGGGGUAAAAGUGACUUUUUAAUAAAAAUGUGAAGUGUUUUUUGGGACGGAUGAAAAAAGAAAAGAGAAAGUACUGAUUCUAUGGUGGUGGCCCAGUCGAAGGAGAAGCGUUGCCACGAUGACGAGAAGGCUGCUUUGCUCCAGUUCAAGCACAGCUUUCCCAGCACCAACAAAUGCAAAAAUGAUUGGCCUGAUGUUCAUCAAAAACCAAAACUGGAAUCAUGGAAAGAAGGGGGCGACUGCUGCUCCUGGGAGGGUGUGGAGUGCGAUGACAGAACUGAUCAUGUCAUCGGCUUAGACCUCAGUGGGAGCUGCCUCUUCGGUUCCAUAAACUCCAGUAGCAAUGCACUCUUUACCCUCACUCACCUCCAGAGGCUUGACCUCUCCUACAAUGACUUCAACUAUUCUCACAUACCCUCUGCAGUCGGAAACCUCUCCCGUCUCACUCAUCUCGACUUGUCCUCCUCAUACCUUACAGGCCAAAUCCCGCAACAGCAGCUCUCCAAUAUAACCACUUUGGUUUCCCUCGAUCUGUCUUAUAAUUAUCGUAGGGAUGAUGACUCUUAUCACGGAUUGGAAGUUCAUAGUCUAGAAGGACUGGUACAACGCAUGAUCAACUUGAAGGAGCUCCAUCUAUCAGACGUGAGAAUUUCUUCUUCACGUGUACCUCAACUCCUCUCCAAUUUCUCAUCUUUAGAGUCUCUGCUUCUUCUUAACUGUGAACUCAGGGGUGAAUUCCCCGUUGCCAUUUUCCAUCUCCCAAAACUCAAGGUGCUCGAUCUAAGGGACAACCAUGAUCUCCGAGGCUAUUUGCCCGACUUCCCUUCAGGGAGCCCUCUUAAAUCAUUGCUACUCACUAGUACAAGUUUUGGGGGAGUGGUGCCUCCCUCCUUUGGAAAUCUCGCCUCUUUGGAAGAUAUAGACAUCUCCUAUUGCAAUUUUACACGUGAGAUUUCAUCUUGGCUCAUGAACCUCACUCAGCUUAUAGACAUUGACCUGUCUCACAAUCGAUUAACUGGUCAAAUUCCAUCCAAUUUUAGUCACCUAAUUCAUAGGUUGGACCUUUUGUCUAACAAUUUGGAAGGUACAAUUCCUACACAUUUUUCUAAUCUUCAUAACCUUCGAUAUCUUUCACUUCGUUAUAACAGAUUCGUUGGUUCGGUGGAGCUAAACUUAUUCUCUCACCUCAAGAAGUUAACUAUUUUAUUUUUGUCAUACAAUCAUUUGUCAUUGAGCGUAAAGAACAUUAGCACAAAAAACAUCACACCUUUUCCAAGCUUAGAGUUUUUAGGAUUGGUUUCAUGCAAUCUUUCCGAGUUUCCUACAAUCCUGCACAACAACAUAAAUACAUUAGAACAUCUAGACCUUUCUCAUAACAAUCUCAGAGAAAGUGUUACUCCAUUGAGCAUCCUUAUCUUGCGAUCUAAUAGGUUCCAUGGUGUGAUCAAAGAUGGUUUUGGAUUCUCAAACCUACGAGUCGUCAACUUAUUCAACAACAGUUUUAGUGGGAAGAUACCAUCGAAGUUCAUUGAGACCAUGAUUCAUAUGAGAGCAUUAAAUGCAAGUCGCAAGAUGGGAUACAUGGAGCAGCUCUUGCUACCAAAUCUCUUCCAGCCUUUUGAAGAUUUUGGUCCAUUUGAUUACUCAAUGACCAUGAUCAACAAGGGCUUGGAAAGGAACUAUAUGAAGAUUCCAGAUACUCUUUUUGGAAUAGAUUUCUCUUCCAACAAUUUUGAAGGACAGAUUCCAGAUGCAUUUGGAGAUCUCGCGGGGCUUCAGAUGCUAAAUCUUUCUAGAAACAAUCUCAGCGGUCACAUUCCAUCUUCUUUUUCCAACAUGAAGAAUUUAGAAUCUUUGGAUCUCUCCCGAAACCAACUCUCAGGACACAUUCCUAUGGAUCCUACAAAACUCACAUCUCUUUCAUCAUUUGACAUGUCGUAUAACAAUCUCUCUGGCCCUAUACCCCAGGGAAACCAGUUCUGUACCUUUGACCCCACAUCAUUUGAAGGGAAUCUAGGAUUGUUUGUUGAACCUUGGAAUGAACAGUGUGGAAAUGUGAGGUCUUUGCCUCAACAGCAGCAGCCUCCAUCCCCUAUAGAAGAAGAAGAAGACGAUGACUCGGAAUCAGACUUAAAAAUAGAGUGGAUGAUAAUAUUGAUUGGGUUCGUAAGUGGUUUGGUUGUUGGAGUGAUCCUUGGGAACGAGUUGAUUGCAAGAAAACGGCAUUGGUUCGUCAAGACUUUGGCAAGGAUGGGGAUAUGGUAGGAUUGAAAUCAGGGGAACCAUACAUAUUAAUCACUCUCAACUGUGUUUGGAUUCAGAAAGAGAAAUAAAUGGCAUUGGAUGUG